CGCUCUUCCCGCCUCGCCCCUCGCCGCGCCAUAGCGCUGGCAAGAAACCCCCUCUGCUGGGGAGGCUUUCCCUCCGGCUCCUCGCUGAGCUUCGCCCUCGGCACCUCGCCUCGGGGCGCGGCGCGGCACGCCCCGCGGGCGGAGCUCGCCGCAUCCUCGGGGCCCGGCGGCGGGCAUCACCGGGAAAGCCGUACAGCUGCACAAGCAAAUAUGCUUCCUGCAAAGACAUUCCCAGCACAUCAAAGUGUGGGAGACACUGACGUUGCCACUCUGAGGCUGAAGACAGUCCCAUCUCUCCUGCCUGGUAAUAAAAGGAUUCUGUGUGGAGGUAGAAAUCCUCUGCCAUUGCACCAGUGCUCUCCUCAUCCCACCUGGUCUCUGUGGGGUGCUCAUUAGUAGAAGCUUUUACGUAGGACUUUGGGCUUUAAUUGAUUCCCCAAGAUGUUUGCAAAAGCAACAAAGAAUUUUGUGAGGGAAACUGACAGUGGAGGUGACUUGAUCCCUGUCUCCCACCUGAAUGCCUCAGACAAGCUGCAGCUUCUGAGCUUAGUUACGAAGAGGAAGAAAUUCUGGUGCUGGCAGAAGCCCAAGUAUCAUUUCUUGACAGUCACCCUGAGUGAUGUGCUUACUGAAGACAAGCCGAUAAAACCAGUAAUUGUGGAGUCUGACUUUGCAAAAUAUAUGGGGAAGUUUGAAGAUUUUCUUCAAGGAAGUAUUGAAACUUCAUUGGGGAAGAUCAACCUGGGAGCUGGAGGGAAGGGCUAUGUGGAAAACCAGUCCUCAUUUGGAAACCUGAGGAAGCAGGAGAUUGACUUGCAGCAGCUUAUGAAAGACGUCAAGGACAGAGCAAUAAAUCUAAAUAGUAGUUUACUGCAACAAGUAAUAGAAAGAAAACGUGAGGUGCUGUGCAUCUUGAGAGAAAAGAUAAUAACAACUCAGAAGUGUACAAUAUCUGAACAUAUCCAGACUGAAGAAAAAGUCAGCGGUGUGAUGGGAUGCAGUAGAAAAACAGUAAAGGUUUCAGUGAGUGAAAAUGGAAGUAUGCUGAAGGAUUCUAGUGUGAUCCUUGAAAUUCCUCCUGCAACCACUAUUGCCUAUGGUGUAAUUGAACUCUUUGUAAAACGCAAUGGCCAGUUUGAAUUCUGUCUGCUAGAUGAACAGCAAGGAGGUUUUGAAAAAGAAAGCACAGAAGGCUCAACUUAUCCCCAUUCAGCACUAUUCCGAGAUGCUUUGUUUCUCUAUCAGCCAGAUGCUGUCGAUAAUGAGAUGUACUCUGAGGCUAAAGACCUCAUUCCCAGUGAUGCUUCUUUAAGUGUGCUGAAACAAGAUCUGUCACGGUUGAAGACUCAGUUCCAGCCCUUUGUGAAGCUGCCGGAAGACAAGCAAAGAGCUUUAUAUAAAACCCUUUGUGAACUCUUGCUCCGUGAAGAAAUGGUAACUGCCCUGGAGGACGUGUUAGAUGCUAUCUGCACAGGAGACAAGCCAGAUCUGAAGGAGUUAAAACCUGCACAACAAGGAGACCUCGUUGACUUCUUGCAGCUCUUAGGCUACAGUUUACAGAGUGAGCUGUUGCAGAAAUAUCAGCCUCAGGAUGAAGAACUCUUCUCAGCUGCUCACCUGCUCAUCAGUGCUAUCUCUGAGCUGUCUGAUUACACUCUCGUCCUUCUGCACGCCUGCUGUGAUCUUCAGGUUGUUCCGGCAUUGUGUUCUUUGCCUAACAUCGCUUCAGCCGAUGGCACUGUGGCGCUGAGCAGUCCUUUGGUGGCUGCUCUCACUGACAGGGGAAGAUUCGAUGUCGUGCAAAGGCUGUUUGCUUCAUCAAACAUUAAUUUGGAAAUGGCAGAGUCUUCUGUAAAAGCUGUAACUAUGAAAGAACCUAGAUUCUUCCCACUUGUUCUUUAUGUUGCAUUAUAUGGAUUUUACGCAUUAGCUGGGAAUGUAUAGGAGCUUUGCUGCAUAUCCACUUACUGCUCUAGCCUGUUCUUUCUUCAAUAGCUCCGCAGCGUAGCAUUGGUGUGUUUGAGCUAGCAGUAACAGCCACAUAGUCGAGUACUUCCUGCAGUACAGCCAGGUGGAGCGGAGGUCGGGGUGGACUUGGCGCUGCUGUCAGGUGUACCGCUGCUCUGCAGCGUCACUAAGGUACGUCUGCAGUGGAAAAUACAUAAAUAAGGGGUGAAGGGGAGGAAUUAAAAAAAAAGAUGAGCCUGGAACAGAAAUUGAACACAGCUAUUCUGGUAGUUGUCAGAUCUGCAGGGCAGUAGAAGCCUGAUUGCUCGUAUUAAUAUGCGUGGGAGAAAACUGCAAAGCUCAAACUGCUUUUUGUAAGCAAGCAAACAAGCAGGCUGUGGAAAGCCAGGGUUCUGCAACCCAGUAAAUGUUUUGGUUGUUUAAGACUCGAUGUGCAGAAUGCCUUUACUCUGGAGCAAGUAGAAUGGAGGGCUCUCAGAGAGGUACUUGAUUAGGUUUUAAUUUAUUAAGUGUAGUCUGGCUUUACAGAUGUGAACUGCACACUGCAGGAAAUAAAACCUAUUUUUCAAAAACUAAGACCACCUUAGAGACUUACACCUCUCUACAGCGUUUGUGUUUUCUGAUAAGUUUUUACUCACCUUAGCAAGUUUCAGCUGUUUAAAUUGCAUUCUGAACUUUCUGUUUGAGGUACAGUGAUGCCUUUUGGUGUGUGCACAUGAAACGUCCCUGCUGCACUCCACACAAAUGAUCAUUUUACCCAUAUGACACUUUAAGCGCAGAUGUUUUGCUUGUUUCUUUGACUAACAGCAAAGUGUUAGUAGACCACUUUGUGCUUUGAACUAUUUUGCCUUUUUUUUCAUUGUAAUGUUUUGUAAUCAUGUGGAUGGGACAGAAAUGCAGCAGAGAUUGGUGUAAAUAAGGGCUUGGGAAGAUGAUGGUCCAGGUAAUGGAAUAUCAGUGCUAUCAGAUGAGACUGUGAGAUGGCUGACAGAGGGACAGGCAGGCACCUGUGUGGGGGGUGAUCAGUCAGCAGGCCCUGCAGCUGAGCUGGUGGGUAGGAGUCCUGGGUUCAGUUUUCUGCUCUGUUCCCAUGUGGCCUUGAGCAGAUUGUCUGAGGCCCAUAAAACUGCAUCGGUUCAGCUUUCCCUGAGGAAGCGGACUUUGCAGAAAAGCACCGUGGUACCUUUCUGUACCCUGAGAGUGCAGGACGUACCCCGAGAGCCUUGCAUGCUGAGCUGUUGGCGUUUCUGUCUCAUCUGUUCCAUGAAGGCAGUGGCGUUGCCUGAACCUUGUGCCGGUGCAUGUGGAAAUGGCCUUUAGGAGGAUGGAAGCACCUUACUCUGCUUCUGGGAGGGAUGUGUCUUUGUAAAGGGGAAAGUCGUCUUUUGCCAAUCGCUACUCAAAGUUGCCUCUGUAACUAACCAAUUUAUCAAAACAAAACUUUGUAUUAAAUGUUAUGUCUAAACAAUAGAAUAACUUAUAAUG